AUGGAAUUCCGCCUCAUGGCCCGCGGCCUCCGCGCCAAACCAACCCCAUGGCUCCUCAACACGCCUCGCAUCCAACAACCCAUCCUCAGCACCCUACGCUACAAUUCCUCCUCCUCGACACCUAAACCUGACACAAAACAAGCCAAGCCCACAGAAACCCCCACCGAGGCUUCCACAACCACAACAUCACCCAAAGCACAGGAUUCCAAAUCCGCCGCCUCAGACUUCAACGAGAUCCUCAACAAGCUCGAUCUAGGUGCUCGCACUCAACCCGCCGAGCCAAACCGGGGCCUUCAGACUCGCCGCAUUGCUGAUGUUAUUGCGGGCACAACCUGGUCUUCAUCUUCGCGGGAAUCCGGCCUGGCUGGUCGGAAGACAGAUAUGAAGCUCGGACCUAGUCUCGGAAGACAGAUUCAUGUUGAGCCGGAGCGUGGCAUUGAUCUUGCGUCUGCUAUUCGGAUGUUGGAGGCGACUUGUUCUCGGAAUGGAGUUAAGCACCAGGCUAAUGCUCAGAGAUUUCAUGUUAGGAAGGGAAUGGAGCGCAAGAUUAAGAGGCGGAUGAGGUGGCGCAAGCUGUUUAAGUUUUCGUUUAAUGAGACUGUGAAGAAGAUUCAGAGAAUGCAGGCGCAGGGUUGGUAG